AUGGACAGAUCCCUUCUCGAGAUCAGCGACGACGCUCGCGAUGUCCAUUUCGAAGACGAGUCUUGUGUUGGAUACGACCACGACAGUCAGCAUGUUGCGAUCACCACCAUGUACGAUAGAUGUGGUACUACGCAAGAGCAAGACGACAACUACAUAAUAUUUACCAACAUGGUGACGUAUUACAAGCCUGGCCCUGAAAAUGGAACUAAUGAGCUCAUUACCAGAGAACACUAUCUUCAUAUCCCUGUUACUUGCUACCUGGAGAGGACACAGGUCUUGGAAGAGUCCUUCUUGCCUAAAGGAGAUCUUUAUGUUUCCGGAGAGGUGAGGAUUCAAUUACUUUGUAGCUUAAGUAAAGCAAAUUCUGGUAGGAGCAACGUGGCAUGAUGGUGGAGAUGUCGUGGA